UUUCCAUCCGCUGACUUCUUCAAUCGGGUCGCAAUCCCCUGCCUCGCGCCCCACGCCUCACCGCGCAGCCCACCCACUCACCACCGUCCCGCCCCGUUCCCCAAACCCUACUAGUCCACGUGUCAUAAAAUCAUUGGCGGAAUCCCUGGUCGCGCAGCAGGGGAAUCGCUGACAAGGGCUAUAAAAGCAGGCCCCACCACAUGUUGACCACGAUCCACGUGACUUUGACCGAUCCGUUCGAAGCGCUUUCGCAUUCUUCUCUUCGUUCGUUUCGCCUCUUCCCAACCCAACCCUCAUUCAUUUUCUCUUUCUCUCUGUGAACACAAACCCUAACAAGAAGAAGAAAGAGCGAUGAUGCGUUGGUAGAUCGUGAUCUGGUGCGGGCGCGAUCAUUGUAGGAUCGGUGCGUUCGAAUUUCGCAAUGACGUUUGGGAGUUGAGUGAAGGAAUCGCUAUUAUGUCUGAAUUGGUGGCCCGUACGGGCCGGCAUCAGCAGCGGUACGAGAACGGUUACCGUCUUGUUUCCGGGUGUGUUCCAUUUAGAUAUAAAAGUUCUAAUGAUUGUGGAGACUCUAGUUCCGAGAAGAUUGUUGAAGUGCUUAUGAUUAAUUCACCAAGCGGACCUGGUCUUUUGUUUCCAAAGGGAGGUUGGGAGAAUGACGAAACUGUUGAGCAGGCAGCUGUAAGGGAAGCUGUAGAAGAAGCAGGAGUUCGAGGAGACAUAAUGGAUUUUCUUGGACACUACGAGUUUAGGAGUAAGACCCAUCAAGAUGAGUUUAGUCCAGAAGGUUUAUGUAAAGCAGCAAUGUUUGCUUUAUUUGUUAAGGAGGAACUUGAGUUAUGGCCUGAACAAAGUACCAGAAAUAGGAGAUGGCUAGCUGUUUCGGAAGCCCUUGGAAGCCUCCGGCAUGCAUGGAUGAGGGACGCCCUGGAAUGCUUCUGUAAAUGGCAAGAGGAUAAGUUGGCGAAUGGAACGAAAGAAUAAGAUGGAUUUGCUGACUAAUUACAUUUAGUGCAUUGUAUCUUUGUGGUAAAAACACUUCUCUUGGGGUUGGUACCAUUACUUUAGGACAGUUAACUCUAAAUCAGAAUUGCAUAGUAGUUAUUGUUUCAAAUCUGGAUUGAUCUCUGAUUUGUUUUUCUUAAUUCAGAGUAUAUAAUUCAUAACAUUGGUUUUAGUUGAGACUUGAGAUGCUUGUUCUCGUUGUUUGAAUUGUUAUCUAUUCAUAUUCAUGGUUAGUGCUUA